AAUUUUACUUAUUGCUGUGGUGCUUACUUCUGGAGUGGCCGUGGGUCAGUUGCCCAUUUUCCCUAGGUAGUAGUUUGUUCAAGUGCGGGAUGGCGAUCAGUAUAUGAACGUGGUGCAAGAAACAAUCGAUCAUCAAUUGGGUUGAGGGAAUUUUCUUUGUGGGUCGUGUUUAUCGCUGUGCUUGUAUUUGUGAAUCUUGGAUUGGGGUCUGUGCUUGGCACACUUGCUCAAGCUUCGAUAGUUCCGAAGAGACAAUGUACACUGUUUUUAAGGUCAAGUAUGGCGAUGUCCUGCGCCGAUUUCGCCUCUGUACUUCGGGUUUGCCAAGUGGAGAACUUGAAUUGGUGUUCCGAGAGCUCUUGGAUACUAUUAGUUCAUCCUUCAAUUUCCCUAGGACAAUGAUACCUACUAUAACCUACACCGACCUCGACGGUGAUGUGGUCACUAUAGCAGACUACAGCGACUUCGAGGACAUAGUAUAUGAGCAAAAAAUGAAUCCUGUUCAUAUGACUCUUACAGUCAGUACACCAAGCUCAAAUGAGGAUGCCAGUCCACAAAAAUCGUCAACAGUGGGCAUCCCUCCUUGGGCAGCUGAUAUAAUGCUAAAACUUGAUCAAGUACUGGAAGCUGUAAAUAAUCACUUCGUAGAAUCAGCGGUGGAGUCGAUGAUGCCUACUUCUCGUGCAUUGGAGCAGAUUGCUGCGAAACUAGGCAUUUCGAUGAAUGAUGAACCAGUAACUGAACCGGCAAAGAGUGUUCUCCGUACUCAGAAAGGGACACCUGACAAGGAACAAUCAGGACCUGAAUCGGAGGUCCUGCAGCGUUUCUUCAUUUUGCAGCAGAGAGCUCUGAAUGAAUCCAAGGAUACUACAGCAGCGAGUGAGGAUUCGGAAACUUAUGUUUUCUAACAUGAAGCUAUGAGGGAGCAAGAUGCCAGCUUAAUCAGGAAGCGAAUUGGAGUUGCAGCGGCGUGGAAUGAUUUUGCAUCAGAAGGUAGUAUUAGAGUCUGAAGGCACAGAUGCUUGCGUAUAGCAAACAUGGUGGUAGGGCGUUGUAUGGUAUGGGGUCAAAGUAUGGAGGUGGGAGCUGCUGCAUACCCAUAUUACCACAAUAGCCUUGGCGUCUUUACAGUGAAGUACUAAUAGCUAUGUUGUCAACCUUUAGUUUCUAAACCCUAAAUGCCUUGGGUAAUAUGACCCAUACAGGAAACUAUUUUGUAUUCAUUUUUCUGUGGAGCUGUUUAUACAGUCUGAUGGUUUCAUUUCUAAUACUUUACUUCCAUUAUUGUUUA